CCCCAGCUUCGCGCCCAGAUCGCCGCCUAGCCUGCUCGCGCAGCCGCCGUCUCGUCUGCCCACCGACGAAGCAUGGGCGUCCAGGGCUUCCAAGAGUUCCUGGAGAAGCGCUGUCCCGGGGCUGUUGUGCCCGUGGACCUCCUCAAACUCGCGCGUACGAUGUCGCGCCAGCAGCAGCAGCAGCAGCAUCGCCCGCUGCCGCCUACGGCAGCCCUAGCGCCCGGGGCUCCACGCGCCGCCAGGGGCUCCGCGCCUCUGCAACCGCCGCUCGCGCCCGCUGCCUUGGGUGCCUACUCCGGGGGCGCGGGGCCGACUCGGCACCAUCACCCCGCUCACCACUUCCACCAUCACGGCCAGGCGCACCCCGGGCUGCACCCGCCGCCGCCGCCGCCGCCCCCUCCGCUGCCCGGGGCCCGGGUGCUGGUGGACGCGGGCUCAGCGCUGCCUCGGCUUUAUGGCGGCUACCAGACGGAUUGGGUGUGUGGCGGCCAAUGGAACGCCAUGCUGGGCUACUUGUCAGCGCUAUGUCAGGCUUGUGCCUAUCCCGGCGGCGACGGCUUGGAGCUGGUGGUCAUGUUCCCCGGGGGCCUGGGCAAGGACCGGCUGGCCGAGUGGGGCCGUCGGUGCCAGGCCGAGCGGCAGACAGCGCAACUGAUCGUGGGACACGUGGGCAACAAGGGCACCCCUCCUCCACGGGCCUGGUUCCUGCCACCGGCCUGCCUGAGCCACUGCGUGAGGCUAGCGCUCAUCCGCUUCCGGGUCAAGGUCUUUCAGAGCCUUGAAGACCACCAUUUGGAAGUGGUGGCUUUUUUCAGGGAAAAUGGCUUCCAUGGCCUUCUUGCCCAUGACUCCGAGUAUGCUCUCUACAAUAUUCCCUCUUACUAUAGUUCCCAUGCUCUGAAGCUGAGCUGGAAUGGGAAGAACCUUACUACCAACCAGUUCCUGAUGCAGGAGGUGGCCAAGCAGCUGGGCCUGAAGCGGAUGAAUUUUCCCAUAUUUGCUGCAUUGCUAGGUAACCACAUUCUCCCAGAUGAGGACCUGGCCGCUUUUCACUGGAGCCUCUUGGGACCAGAACAUCCCCUUGCAUCACUUAAGGUCAGAGCUCAUCAGCUGGUUCUUCCUCCCUGUGAUGUGGUAAUCAAGGCUGUUUCUGAGUAUGUUAGUUCCAUCAAAGACCCCUCAAACCUGGAUGUGGUUGGGAAGGAUGUUUUCAAACAGUCUCAGUCCAGGACAGAAGAUAAAAUAGAACGAUUCAAGAAAGCAGUUGAGUACUAUUCAGUCACAACCAAACUCUCUUCGCUGCCAGUGGGUCCCUCCUCCUUUCUAGGUUUUCGGAAUAAUCGACUUGGAAAUCCUCCUAUUCCACGAAAUCAAAUGGGCACUAUCUCUGCUGGAAAGCCAAUGUUUUCUCACCACGUGCCCCAGAAAAUGAAAUAUCCACCACCAUUCCCAGUGGGACCCAACUCCUCUCUUCUCUUCUCCCCCCAUGCUUUGGGGGAAUCCCAUGCUUUUUCUGAGGAUCCCAUGCUGCAGGACAGCCCCUUUGCCAGUUGGGCUGUCUCUUAUGAUUCCUCUGCAUCCCAGUUUCCCAAUUACCUGACUUCCAAAGCCUCACCUCCUUUGGGACCAGACUCUUCCCACUCCUCUUCCUCUGAUGCUGAUGAGCCAAAUGGAGCCAGCUCUGAUCACAUCACAGAAACACUUCAGCAGCAGCCUGGAUGGGAGGAUCCAAAUGGUGACAGAGGGUCUUGGGUACAGCCUAUCGAUGCUGGAGUUUCAGAUGCCAGCCUGGGUGAUGGUGAGCCCCACAUCCCAUCUCUGCUGUCUAUGUCUACGAGGAACCACAUGGACAUCACCAUUCCACCCUUACCUCCAGUAGCUCCAGAAGUCUUGCGGGUUGCUGAACACAGACAUCGAAGGGGUCUUAUGUACCCAUAUAUCUACCAUGUCCUCACUAAGGGUGAGAUUAAGAUCCCUGUAUGUAUUGAGGAUGAGUGUAACAUGGAGCUGCCUCCAGCUGCUCUCCUGUUCCGGUCAGCUCGUCAAUAUGUAUAUGGGGUCCUUUUCAGUCUGGCAGAGACACAGAGGAAAAUGGAACGCCUGGCCAUACGGCGGCGGUUGCCUGUAGAAGUUCCUUCAGUGAUCCUUAAAGAGUGGUCUGCCUAUAAAGGGAAGUCACCUCAAACCCCUGAGCUGGUGUCUGCCCUGACAUUUCGGGAAUGGACUUGCCCAAACCUCAAGAAGCUCUGGCUAGGCAAAGCAGUUGAGGACAAGAACAGAAGGAUGCGUGCCUUCCUGGCCUGUAUGAAGUCAGACACACCCAGUAUGCUCAAUCCAGCUAACGUCCCCACCCAUCUGCUGCUCAUGUGCUGUGUACUCCGAUAUAUGGUUCAGUGGCCUGGUGGCCGAAUCCUGCAUCGCCAUGAGCUAGACACCUUCCUUGCACAGGCAGUAUCUACUCAGCUUUAUGAACCAGAUCAGCUUCAAGAACUCAAGAUUGAGAAACUGGAUGCUCGAGGGAUCCAGCUAGCUGCCCUCUUCAUGAGUGGGGUCGACACAGCUCUGUUUGCUAAUGAUGCCUGUGGCCAGCCAGUCCCUUGGGAACACUGCUGCCCCUGGAUUUACUUCGAUGGCAAGCUGUUCCAGAGCAAGCUAAUUAAAGCAGGCCGGGAGCGAGUAUCCCUGGUUGAGCUCUGCGAUGGCCAGGCUGACCUGGCAACCAAAGUGGAGAAGAUGAGACAGAGCAUCCUUGAAGGAGUCAACAUGAACUAUCCACCGCCUUCUGCUCUACUUCCAUCACCUACUUUUGUGCCUCCCAUGGUGCCCUCUCUCUACCCAGUUUCGCUUUACCCCCGAGCCAUGGGCCCAAUGCCACCUCCCCCUCAAGGAAGGAGCCGGGGGUUUGCAGGUCUCCAUCCAAUCCCACCCCAAGGAGGAAAACUAGAGAUUGCCGGGAUGGUUGUGGGCCAGUGGGCUGGCAGCAGAUCCUCCAGGGGUCAUGGCUCCUUUGGCAUGCAAGUGGUUUCUGUCGGUGGGCCGGGAAAGGGGCAUGGAAAAGAGCAGACUGGUAGAGGAUCCAAAGGACAUAAAAAAGGAAAUAAACAAAGCACUUCAGAUGGUGUUUCUAAAUCCCUGGAGCCUCAUCAAGGUCGGUCUCGCUCACAGGUAAAUGGAAACAAUGGCACAUUGAUCAAGGAAGAGAAGAAUGAUCAUCUUCCAGCUCCAUCACAGUGUGCCUUAACCAGAGACAGCAGUGUGUGUAAUAAUGGUAACCGCUACUUCCCCGUGAAGAAUGGUGAGAAGAGCCGCUUACGAGAGCAAAAGCUGGGAACUGUGGCACAACAGAAAGAGGAAUAACAAGCAGAAGAUGGCUUCAGCAGAUCAGGAAGAGGGGAAAACCUAUACUUUUCUGAUUUUAGGCCCAAGUUAGAGGAGGACAUAAAAUGCUUACCCUAGUUUCAUCCAGAAUUUGGAUGGGGUGUUCUAUUAUAUCCAUCUUUUCCCCUUCCCUGUCUUUUUCUGGGCUUCCAGACUCAGUGGUCUGCUUCUAGGGAAGCUCUGAUCUAAUAUGAAUGGCAACAAGCAUAGUUCCUGUUCUCAAAUUGAAUAUAUAGUGCCAAUAUUCUCUUUACGUCCCCUGGAAGCCUAUUAAGGCAGUGACUAUCGGAUGUCAUCACAUAAGGCCCUAUAGAAAAGUUCCAGCUUUGGUUUUCUGAGUAUAUGGGUUCCUAACUUGCUUUUUUCUUUAUGAAAUAAUAGGGCCUUCAUAUAUAAUCAGUAUCCACAUCUUCUAACUCUUUCUCCCCAUUCACCUCUGCCAGGAGUUUAUACUACCACCUCUAGCUCUGACCUGACAAUCAGAUAGGUAGAUGUUUUCAGGGAAGUGAGGUAGUAUUGGUUAUUUUAUUUUUUUAAUUUUUUUUUAAAUUUUAUACACUUAAAAUAACUACCAAUGGCCUUUGUACUGGGGGAUUCAAGUGAAUCAGAAAAGUACUGGGCAGAUUUUUCCUGCCUCUGAACUAAUGAAUUGUUUGUAAAAUAGAAGAUGUGGUGCAGUUCACCCACUCCCUGCUGCCCACACCCUGAAAGGGUGGAAUCAAUAUAAUGAAAUUGAGUACGAAAGGGAACUCAAAAGAUUGUGUAUGCUUGUGUGUGUGUGUAUGUGUGUGUGUGUGUGUGUUUGUGUAUGGAUGUUUGGAUAGAUAUAUAUAUAUGAAUGCAUGUAUCUAUAUGCAUACACAUACCCUUUAUAUAAAGAGACAAAUCUAUUUAUCUAUACAUAUUUUAUAUAUAUAUAAAUAUAUGUGUAUGUGUGUAUGUAUAUAUAAAUAUAAAUAUAUAUAUUUUGUAUAUAUAUAUUUAUAUACAUGCACACACAUACAUACCUGAUGAUGUCCCAGAAGAUUUACUGAAUUUCCCAGAAAUGCUUCCACUGCUAUGGAGUGGUAGGUUUCAAAAGACCACAUUUUUAAAUCCUUACUAAGUCAUAGCCCAUCACAAUUAUGAGAAGAUGGGCUUCUCUAAAGCAGACAAAAAGUACUUUCCAGAGAUUGCCUGUUCAGAACAACAAACAGUUGGGUUGUCACAAGCCUAAUCUUGAACAGAGUCCUCACAUCCCGUAUGGUAAAAACAGGAGGUUGGAAUAGGAUUGGGAAGAGUUGGGCAUUUCCUUAUGAAGGAGCAGCCUGGUUGGGAGAGAGAAAGGGGAUGGGAGGUAAUUACCGGGGCUUGCAGCCAGUUUGGAGGAAAUCUCAUCUGAAACUCUGGGAUCAAACUGGCCUCAGGCUAGAAUUUAUUGUCAUUAAUCCCUGAAGGAGAGAGGACUAACAUUGGAAAGAUGGGGUAGGGAAGUGUGAGGAAAUCGGCAAUUUGAUUUUACAUACCUAGAUUGUUUCGUUUGUUCAUUGACAUUUUGACUACUGGAUCUUUUCAUUUGCUUUGCAAGGAAGACUUCAGAGGACUCUGGCCCGGGCCUAUAGGAGUAUUAUGUAAAAGGUUCCCAGCCCCCAAGUGAGGCCAGAAUCUGUCCAGGACAAAGAGGCUGUUCCCCCUUUCUGGAGAUACUCUUGAGACAACCUUGCACUUCCAGUUUCCCUCCUCAACAGUAUGAGAGAUGGGAACAUGGCUUGCAACAGAUUAGCAUCGUGUCUUCGUUCAGGAGUUGAGGCUUCCAGCCUCAUACACUUCCUUUUGGGCUUUGUGAUAUUCUUGCCCAAGAAGUACCAUUUCUACAGGAAUACAACUGACUAGACUUCUAGCAGGGUUCUCUCUCUUUUUGAAAAACCCCAUGUACCUUAACCCAGAGUAGGUCCUUGGUGAUUUUUUUCCAGACAACCAGAAGGCUGUUUGCUCACUACCCACUUAACAAUGAGUGUAUCAUCAUGAGAGACUGAAGACAGUCUCAGACUGUUUUAUCCUAGUCUGGCCCAAUUUAAGAGAACCCACAACUUGCAGGGGGAGGGAGGUCUAGAAUGCCUUUCCCCCUGCCCAGACACUUCUUACAUAAACCAAAGCAGGAUGACAAGAAUGCAUACCCAGCCAGAUAUAACCAAGAACAAAGUGUACAAAAACCUCCUCUAUGGAAUUGGCUCCCCUAAUUUGGUUCCCGCCCUUCUCCUAACCUGCCCAACCUUUCACAACAUCUUGAAGGUUAGGACUUCUGUAUCCAGCAAGAGAAGGAUUUAGUAGCGAACGUAGAUGGCUUGGAAAUUUCUUUCUGGAGCCACAGAGGGAGGAGUCCUUUGGAGCUCUAAAAGUAACCAGAAUCACUGAGCUGUGUUAAAUUAAAUAGCUAACUAGCUCCGAUUUCUAAUAGGAAGUACUUGGAAUUAUAUGGAAAGGCAUUUUCUUCAGUUGCUGUUUCUGUGAAUCUUGAAUCUAUUUGACACAAUCAAGUGACAGUAUUGUUAACUCUCACAGCAUUAAGAAGAUUUAUUAUUUUGUAGGCAUUCACUGUGAGAAGUAAAAUUGCUGCUUUGACAGGGAUGAUUCCAGUUUGCCAAACGGCUUGCUUUUCUCCCUUCCACACACCUCUACUUUCUCCUAGCCUGGCCCAGGAUGAAACAAGUGUCUCACUUCCAACUUUGAUUUUUAUUUGGAUUCAGCAUUUUAGGUUUGUAAGGUUACAAGAAAGAACCAUAAAGGGCCAUGUUUUAAUUUAUCUGCCAAAACAUACAAUUUAGAAGCCAGAAAGACUAAGGUUUAUUACUGGAAGAUUAACUUUUUCUAAUUGCAAGAUUAACUUUUUCUAAUUUCUUUCAAAUUAGGGAACAUGAGUCUGCUUUUUGCUGUGAGUACCACUUGAAGAGACUGUCAUCCUUCACUUGAGGUUCAAUUUCUGACUAUGAUGUGGCCUUUCUUGAACAAAGUCAUGCAUCAUAUGGGAACCCCCAGAAAUGACCCCUUUACCUUGUAGGGCCACAAGCAAAAGCACCCUGGAUGUAUAUAGCCACUGAUCCCCAAGGACUUUCCCUUCUUGAUUUCUGCUGGUGUGUAUUGGGGUCAGCCUAUAACUCCCACCCUUAUUCAGUGGCCAGUCUAGUCUGGACCAGGCCUGAUAAACUUCUGCUCACUUGUAUCAUUUUCAUUCUGAGCCAGUAGGACUUUGGGUAGACUUUAUAGCCCAAGAAAUGGCACUUGCUUUGGCUAGUGAUAUUUGAUUUUUGUCUCCAUCUUGAUUUCCUGGCAUCGUUGGCCAAGUCACAUUAACUUGUUUUUAAUCACUGAGAAAAACAGCCAGGUAAGGCAUUAGGGAGGGUGGUUAAGGAGGGGGGUGGGGGGAGGAAUGCUUAUGUAGGGUAGAAAGAAUGUGGAAGUAACUGUUUGGUUAUAGUGAUCCAGUCCGCUGGAACCUUAGAAGGCUCCUGUGGGCCUGUCUGUGCUACCCUUUCAGCCUCUAAGACUCCCCCACCCCACUUUGAAAUGACAGUACAAGUAGACCACAGUUUAAAGUAGUUAGUAUAAUUCUACUAAGGUUUAAUCAUUAUACUUGUUUACUUCCUGAUGCAUAUUUCCUAAAUAUGCUUGGGGUUUGGGGGGGGUAAGUUUUCACUGUUCCACUGUGUGUCGCCCUAUAUUUUUCUCCCUCUUGUGACUUUGGCAUCUUCUUUUAUUUGACUUUCCAUUUUCUUUUCCCUUGGCUUAUUGCAGUAGUCUGCUGCUGCAGGUAUUCCCCUAUUCCCCUGUUACUGCUAAUUAUCUUCAGUAUUGUCAGAGGUUAUUUUGAUGUUCUAAGAAAAUAACUUCAUAUAUUUUUUUUUUACAAAAUCACCUUUUCCAAGGUAAAAGCAAAAUUUAAAAAAACCUAUGCUAGGGUGCCCACUGCAGCUUUUGACAUUGCCCUUGUACUUUUAUAGAUGCUCUUUUUGUCUGUGUUGGUAGUAACUAAUGACUAGUGAAUUUUCAUGUAAAUGCAACAAAUUAAAUAUUUCAGAUUUUAUUAAUCUCUCAUAACCCUGCAAAAUCUGAUGACUUCAUUUUAGUUACUUCCCAGAAGACACUUCCCCAUCUACCUUUUAUUUUAUUCUAUUCUGUUCUAUUUUUAGAAUAACAUACUAGGUAAAGAAACUAACUCAAGGAGUCGUUGAUUUUUAGUGCUCCCUGAUAAAUGAUGUUAUUGACAAAAGUAAAAUCUUUCAUUGUUUUUUCCUGUGGUAGUAUCUCUUCUCCUGUGCUCUUGACAGUGUGUUUAGUGGAUGGAUAAUAUGUAUUUCUCUUCCAAAUUCCCUGCCUUUUUGGCCCACCUCACCACAAAAGCUCCAUAGUUUAUUAAUGUAAGUUUGAAUGGAUGCUUCUUAGGAGAAACUGCAGGAAUUAAGGAAAGUGUUUCAGAAAGGAAUGAAAAUGUCUCAGGAGUUGUUCUGUGAUGGAAAUUGGUCUGUUGUUCUGUUAAUGCUGAUGGAAAGAAACUUACAGUGCUUAAUAAAAGUCUAUUCUUUUAGUAAAAAAAA